AAUCCCAUCAUUCUCUCUCUCUCUAUCUCUCUCUCUAGAAAACCCAGGAUCCCCCAACCCUCUCUCUCUAGAAACCCCAGGUCCGCAGCCGCUUCCUCAACCCUGUGCUCCUGUCCUUUCUCUUUCUCUCUCUUGGAAAAUCCCAGCUUCUCUCUCUGAGGAAAACUCAGGUUUCAAUCUUCUCACUUUCUUUCACUGAACCCAAUUGUUCCCCACCCACAAUUUCCCCUCUUUACCCGUAGAAUGCGAGAAAGUAAUGACAUGAGAAUAAGACCAGGUUCUGGUUUCUCCAUUGAAAACAGUGGUGGGUUUAUCUCUGAAUCUUCGUUUGGCACCUUUUACCAGAGCAAUUGUCAUAGGUUUAGGGGCCAUUAAAGAAGGAGAGCAUGCCUGACAUUUCACAGGAAGAGAAGUGGCUUCCCAUUCCGCAACAAAGGCGUCAUAAGGUCGUGUUCUCUGAGAUUGAUGGGGGAUUUUGCAGGGUUAACCAUCGCCGGAGCUUCUCCUAUGCAAAGCUCCCUCAACCUCGGCUCAGACUCUCUGUUCUUAAAUUGGAUGGCUCGUCUUUUGAGGUGCAAGUUGAGAAGACAGCAUUGGUUUUCGAACUUAAACAGGCCAUUGAAGAAGUGUUCAGUCAGUCGCCCAAAGAGAGCCAUGGCAAAAUUUCUUGGUCUCAUGUUUGGGGCCAUUUUUGCUUAUCUUAUGAUGGUUAUAAACUAGUUGAUGACAAGGCAUCAUUGCGUUCCUAUGGAAUCAAGGAUGGAGACCAGCUCCCUUUUAUCCGGCACUUGUCAUUGCAAUAUGAUUCUAGGAACGCUCGCCAAAGAAGUACCCUCACCAUCAAUGAUCAAAAUGGGCCCUUGACUGGUUCAGACCCUGAAGUUGAAGAAAAAGAAAGACGAAAGAAUGGUGAUGGUGGUAAUGCAGAUCAUAUGAAUCAUGAUGCUGAUUAUUAUGAGGAUGACAUGAUGGGACAUGCUGAGUUUAAGUUGGCCCACUUCCUGAAAGGAUGGCUUUCCUAUUCUAAGCUUUGGUCUGUGGGUAGGACGAGAUUGAAUGACAGGUAUCGACCUUCUAGAUUUUGAGCAUUCAUUGAAGUUGAUUUAGCCAGCAGCCAAAUGCAUAUGAGUUUUGGACAGAAGGAUGGUUAUUUUGGCCAAAUUACAAAAGAAAUAUCGGUGUAGAGAUAUUUGUGAACUCCCAUUUGAUUAAUUGUCGAGAUUUGGGCAAAAUGGGUUGCGUCGUUGGGGGUGGGCAGGUUGGUAUGGGGUUGGUCACAUUACAUUCAAGUUGGAACACCUUGGUACCUAUUGUUUGAUAAUUUACAUACAUUGUUUAGUGGGAACCAAUAUGCUUUCUUCGAAGGAUGGUUGAAGCAUCUUUCAUUUCUCAUAUCAAUGUCCAUCUGCAGCAUUUCUUGGCUGUUGA